CACGGUUUCAACCCGUCUCCAAAUCUUGAGUAAGGCAGUGGUUGAAUAGCGUUUCAAGUAGAGCGUCAGUCACAAUAAUCAUGGCACCCGCUGGAGCUAAGAGGAACAUUCUGCAGCGUCUGGAUGCGGGCGAGAUUGUCAUUGGGGAUGGAGGCUUCGUCUUUGCUCUGGAGAAAAGGGGCUACGUGAAGGCGGGUCCCUGGACUCCCGAGGCCGCGGCCGAGCAUCCUGAGGCUGUGCGACAGCUGCACCGCGAAUUCCUACGGGCGGGGUCAAAUGUCAUGCAGACCUUCACCUUCUACGCCAGUGACGAUAAGCUGGAGAACAGGGGUAACGCUCAGCGCUUCACAGGUGCACAAAUCAAUGAGGCUGCUUGUGACCUGGCCAGGGAGGUCGCCAAUGAGGGUGACGCUAUGGUGGCAGGUGGGGUCUCCCAGACACCCUCUUACCUCAGCUGCAAGAGCGAGGAUGAGGUCAAGGGCAUCUUCAAGAAGCAGCUUGACGUCUUUGUCAAGAAGAAUGUGGAUUUCUUGAUUGCCGAGUACUUUGAGCACGUGGAGGAGGCAGAGUGGGCUGUGCAGGUGCUGAAGACAUCGGGGAAGCCAGUGUGCGCCUCCCUGUGCAUCGGCCCUGAUGGAGACCUCAACGGUGUCAGCCCUGGCGACUGUGCUGUCAGGCUGGUCAAAGCCGGAGCCAAUGUUGUUGGAAUCAACUGCCACUUUGACCCCAUGACCUGCGUGAAGACAGUGAAGAUGAUGAAGGCGGGAGUGGAGAGGGCCGGCUUGAAGGCUCACUACAUGGUGCAGCCUCUGGCCUACCACACCCCUGAUUGCAACUGCCAGGGGUUCAUUGACCUUCCCGAGUUCCCCUUCGCUCUGGAGCCCAGGAUUCUGACCAGGUGGGACAUGCACAAGUAUGCCAGGGAGGCCUUCAGUGUUGGCAUCCGUUUCAUUGGAGGGUGCUGUGGCUUCGAGCCAUACCACAUCAGGGCUGUUGCCGAGGAAUUGGCCACAGAGAGAGGCUAUCUGCCCGCUGCUUCAGAAAAGCAUGGCAACUGGGGCGCUGGCCUGGAGAUGCACACCAAGCCAUGGGUCCGUGCCAGGGCUCGCCGUGACUACUGGGAGAACCUGAAGCCAGCUUCUGGUCGCCCGACGUGUCCCUCCAUGUCUACUCCGGACAGUUGGGGAGUCACCAAGGGCCACGCCGACCUGAUGCAGCACAAGGAGGCCACUAGCCAGGAUGAGCUUAAGCCCCUGUUUGAGAAGUCCAAGGCCAGCCACUGAGCGCCUCUCCUGGCUAGGAGUGGGAAGUGGAGUCCCUUAGAGGAAAACCAGAAUGAAGAAAUGUAGUGUUCAUUCUUCUCUGAAGGGUGUGGAACUGGCACACAUUCCGUUUUAAAGUUUACAUACCAAAAAUGAAUAGAUUGUGUUGUUCUCUUCAUUUCUAGAGCUGUCGUUAUGAACCAAAACUAUUUCAUUCAGAUUCACUGACUCUCUAGAUGGUUUAGCACUACCGUAAAAUAAUUUGACCUUAGUGACUUUUGCAAUCUUAAUCAAACCAUUGAUUGUACAAAUGUAAGAAACCAAAACUUUGCUGCAGUGUUGCUUCUACACAUAUUUCAAGACUGUGCUGUUGACUUGAUAGUAAUCCUAGCAUAAGCUUAUAGAGCAUAUUACCAAAACUACUGUGACCACAAUGUUAAAGAGCUGGUAAAGAAUAUAAAAUAUCACAGUUUUGGGUAAUGAAAAAUCUUACCAAAUGGAAAUAUGUACUUCAAAACUGAUGAUUCAAUAAACUUUCACUUGACCAAAA